AUGGCGCCUCCCUCAGCCACACUCGUUCACUCCCUUGGUCAUAAUACCUUGGGAAAGGUAGACAUCGCUGUUCAGUCGGUCCUUUUGGCUAUUGUUUUUGUUUCUGUCGGUCUACGGUUAUGGUCGCGACGAUUGCAGUGGAUUUCGCUGAAAUUGAAUGAUUUGUUGAUUAUAGUUGCGACGUUCUUUAUGAUCGGUCGCUAUGUGGUAGAAAUCAUUAUGGUUGUGCUGUGUGGAAUGGGGCUGCAUUCCACCGAAGUAGCCCAGGUCGGAGGGUCCGAAGUUUUUAUCCAAUUCAAUGAGCUUACAUAUGCGGGUGAUCUUCUCUGGGUCACCGUGAUCGCCUUGAUCCAGUUGUCAAUUCUUAACUAUUAUGUGCACAACUUCGGUCAACGCGCUAUUACCUUGCUAGCAUAUGUGAUCAUGGGUCUAUGCUCGGCUCUCUGGGUUACAGGUUUCUUUGCAACUGCAUUUUUUUGUACCCCGCCAAAGAGAAUAUGGCUUCCCGACACUCUGGGUCAUUGCGGAGAUCGCAAAAUGUUGCAUACCGGUGUCAAUGCCGGUGAGGCAAUUCUCAGCUUCUUUGUUGUCAUUCUUCCUAUCCCUUUGAUAUGGGGCAUGCCCUUAUCGAAGACUAGAAAGACUGCACUGGUGUGUAUCCAAGUGCUAGGGCUGGCAAUCACUGCAAUUAUUGCUGUCCGCAUGAAAAUCGAGUUCGACCUCGACCCAGAAGAUCCAACCCACAGCUCUGCCAGGAAGUCAAUACUUUCAUGUAUCGUGCCUCUUCUGGGAAUAAUUGUUGCCUGCCUCCCAACCCUAGAACCAGCCAUUCAAAGGAUCUUCAGAAUAUCAGCGCCUCCACCUUCAGCUCAUACAUCUAUAUAUGAUCCAACUUUUGCGAGGUAUUGGAAGACGACGGUUCUUUCGGGUAGGGGGUUGGAGGAACCAGAGAUGCCUCUGGUCACUCUUACUCAGCCAUUCAUGGCAAAGAUGGGCUAUCUUGCUCCUGGGAAUAUCCAGGUCACUUCACAUUGGGAGAUUCAUUCAUCGCGAGGUUCAGCAAGACUCGAUAGAUCACCCGUGCGGCAGGCCUGA